AUGAUGUUUGUGUCUGCGUCUACGACAUACGGGUUAACCCUGUCUGCGGCACUCUAUGCCUCAGCAGUGGACGCAUUGGCUUUCAGACGAUAUGAUGGUAUCCAUCGCACGGCCAAGUCGCCACAGAUUACACAGCCUACCAUGCUAUUGCAGCGGAAAGGUGAUGUCUGCGGCGCUGGCAUGAAGCUAUGCCCGGCAAAUUUGGGUGGAAACUGUUGCCCAGAAAACUAUGCUUGCGCAAUAGAUGGUUGCUACUCAACAACAACUACCACAAGCACUUCAUCUGUACCAUCGCACACAUACUCAUGCCCAACCAGCCAGUACCUCUGCCCAUCAUCUGUCGGCUAUGGGUGUUGUCCCAAUGGGAUGGGCUGUGGCGUUAGUCGAUGCUACUCUACUCAGCCAAUCACCACAACAGUGACGACGGCCAUUACGAGUACAGCAAGCGGCACAAUAACCACACUCACGACAACUGCGAUCAUCGUCAGGAGUCCAAGUGUCCCUACCAGCUUGGGCACGUUGGAUGAUCGCACCAACGAUGAUGAUGACAUCCAAACAACUGACUCAUCAGCCACUACUGUCCCAAAGUAUACGCCACCAGCAGAGACGGACAGGAGUGAUGACCAAGAUAAUAGCAGUCUCUCCACGACACAGCUAGGAGGCAUCAUUGGAGGAGCUGUUGCACUUCUUGCGUUGGUGGUCGCUGCGGCUGCUGUUCUGAUUCGCCAUAUUGAUAGGCUGGGCAGCCAGAUGUCGCGAAAGUCCAGUUCGUCCAAAAGUAGCUCAGCAACAAAGCAGACGAGUGUGUCGAGUUAUGAAAGCGGAAGUUCCCGAACAGAUUCUACGCGCGAGUCAUUACGGCGUUCACGAGCUCGUCGAAAGCCUCGGUCCAGAUCUACAGUCCGCCGUAAUCGUCAACGGCGCAAUGGUCUGAUCGCAACGAGGUCCGGCAAUUUUAUGACUGAAAGAUCGCUGGGGAGGCAAGAUUCUGCUGACAUUUCCCUCGAAGUUUUGACUCGAACGGUCAACUGCGGUGGUGCGGUGGUAUCAGAUACAAGACACGGCUAUGUCGUAUCGCCCACGCCUAUCAACGAUGUGUCACCAAGAUUACUCAGUUCUCCAUCGCCUAUUAGCGAUACGGAACUCGAGGCAAGUUCGCUCGCACAAGAAUUAGCCGGGAUAUCGACGGCGUCUACUCUGGCAGCGGAUCUACUCAUACAUUACCCGCAAGACAUUCCCCCGAGCGACCUCCCGAGGGUAGCCAUGAGACCACCGCUUGCAUACCAAUGGAUGAGAAGCAUAGGGUUGCUCAGGCAGUCGGAGAACACUUCUCCUGAUGAGUACUGCAUCGACGAUGAAGAAUGGCACGGAUUCUAUGGGUCCCGAGACCACAUGGCAGGUCGAACAGGACUUGGUAUCUACACGCAAAUUCGUGGAGGUGGACACAGACAGUAUCGAUAA